AUGUCCGAAUUUUCCAUGAAAGAUCUCGGUUUAGUCAAUUUUUUUCUUGGAAUCUCUAUCUCCGCAUGUAAAGGUGGUUAUUUUCUUAACCAAUCCAAAUACAUUCAUGAUCUUCUUAAUCGGACAGGUCUUUUCUCAUCUAAACCAAUUAAUACUCUUCUUUCUUCGAAAUCUCUUAUUGCUUCUGAUACAUCUCCUCCAUUUUAUGAUCCAUCAUUAUAUCAUAGUCUUAUUGGUGGACUUCAAUAUUUAACUUUUACUCGACCCGAUAUUGCCUUCUCUGUUAGUCAGGUUGCUCAGUUCAUGCAUUCUCCCUUGGACAUUCAUUUUACUGCAGUGAAACGUAUUCUAUGCUACAUGUGUGGUUCCAUAAAUCAUGGUCUAUUCAUUCUAGACGGCUCAAUUGGUUCAUUAACAUGUUAUACUGAUGCAGAUUGGGUUGCUUCUAGUGUUCUACAAGUUCGCUAUGUGCCAAGUGUGGAUCAACUUGCAGAUUUACUGAUGAAGUCUAUUCCCUAUGCUCAAUUUUCAUUCUUGCGUGACAAGCUCAACAUUUAUCGAGACCCAGCAUUGCUUGAGGGGGAAUGA